UUCCAAGUCGCGCGCACGCAUUUUAAAUUUCGAAUUUGCGUUUCGAAAUUUUGUUUUUGGAAACUUUCUUCCUUACGGCCAGUGAUUUGUUUGUAAUAGUGCCUGUUUUUGAACGAAAGUUGCAUUUUUAAGAGGGCUGUUUAAAAAAAAGUGGACUGAGAACGUAAAUAGGUUGCGUUUCGUCAUUCGGGAGGGUUUUAUUUUUAGCAUUUAGCUUGUUAAAGCUGAUGUUGGUGUGAUGUGAGACGGAUCUUAAUUUAGCAGUGCACAUGAGUGUGUCUCCAAAUCCCAGUCAAGUGUGGAUAAAAUGAAAAAGAAGAGAAAAAUAAGAAUAAAGUGGUGAUACAGUUUUAGAAUACUGAAGUGCGCACAAAAAAUACAAACUGACAUUCUCAAAGUGCCGGUAAUAACCAGACAGGGACUGGAUUUAAUUAAAAAAAGUUUAUUUUGAAGUGUACAAAUAUUUAAAGAAAUACCGGAGCAAAGAGCACCUCGGAAACAACUCACUCUCCAAACAUCGGUGCUUAAGAAAUUCGAACACAAAUAAGUAAUCGACGUUUAAGGUGAUUUCUUUUGUUUAAACAUUUUGGGACUGCUGCCUUUGGCUAUUUAUUUAGCUGCCUUUAAAUACCGAUUUAAAAAACAAAACAGUGAAAGAGUAAACAGAACUCGAUCGCAUUUACCGUAAAGACUACCAAGAUAAAUUAAGGAAACGAGACACGGUUACGUCCUAAGGCCGUUUAUUUUACAGCUGUCGAAAUUGGAAUAUUUUAGUGGCAUUUUAAACAAACACCUCGUGAUAACUUCAACAAUAAACAUAUUCAGUGAAGAUUUGCAGUGAUAAAAUUAAUAUUUACAUAUUUUCAAAAUAAAAAGGAAUAAAUUUUCAAAUACAGAAAAAUUUACAGCGAAAAGCGCGCGAUUUGCAAGGUCUUUUACGGUGACACUUUGAGUGGAGUAGUUUUUGUUGUGCCUGUGUGACUUUUUGGUGUCAAAGUGGCUGGGGACGAGCAUUUGGACAUGCUGGGGGCCCCCGAAUGGGGGCAGCGGGAGGCGAGCCCACCCCGGGAUGCUCCCCUGCCGAGCUUCGGCUUCACACAGGAGCAAGUCGCGUGCGUUUGCGAGGUUCUCCAACAAGCUGGCAACAUCGAGCGCCUGGGCCGGUUCCUAUGGUCCCUACCAGCGUGCGAGCGCCUCCAUGCGCACGAGUCGGUGCUCAAGGCCAAAGCCAUGGUGGCGUUCCACCGCGGCAACUUCAAGGAGCUGUAUCGCCUGCUGGAGUCUCACAGCUUCAGCGCGCACAACCACGCCAAGCUGCAAAGCUUGUGGCUGAAAGCGCACUACCUAGAAGCAGAGCGCCUGCGCGGUCGACCGCUGGGUGCCGUCGGCAAGUACCGCGUGAGACGCAAGUUCCCGCUACCACGGACCAUCUGGGACGGAGAGGAAACCAGCUACUGCUUUAAGGAGAAGUCCCGGUCAGUCCUCCGUGAUUGGUACCUCCACAACCCUUACCCCUCGCCGAGGGAGAAGAGGGAGCUGGCAGAAACUACCGGCCUUACUACAGUACAAGUAUCAAAUUGGUUCAAAAACAGAAGACAAAGGGACAGACAGGCAGAACACAAAGAUAGCGGCGGCACAGGAGACAAGCAACUGGACUCUUCAACAGACGACGACAGCGACGCGGCGCCCGCGCAACUGCAGCACCCCCCUCACGCGCUACCCCCCCAGCCGCUCUACCCCCUCUACGAACACCCCCUCGCCCAUCUACAGUACCACCACUCGUGACCGUACUAAGUAUAAAGAAUAUGUCGUGUCAAUGGUUCAGAUUCAGGUAAUGACAUGAACAGCUUUGGUAUUCAGACGGAUGGGUGGGAGAAGCGCGCCGAAAUGAGACCUGAAUGGCGCCAUGAUAUUAACGUCGGGACUUCAAGACAUGACGAUGACUGGCUGGAAAACCUGAAGCAAAAAAGUCUUCGUCAUGCUUUACCACCUCCUGAGGAGUCGCGUUUUGUGUACGAACGAUGUGGCAAGAAAUGCCGAGCUGCUAUAGGGCUCUAUAGCCAUCGGCGGCGCUGCGGGAACCCGUAGACUCACAAGUGCUGCAACAAUCAUCUACGAUAGAUGCUGUGGUCAAUCAUGAACUUGGUCUUCUUUUUGCUAUUAAUGUAAAAAACUGGGGGUCUAAAAAGGCCCCUCACCGCACUCCCCCCAGCGCACUUUUUAUCUGUCAAAAUCAGCCUAGAAGAUAUUGGUGCUAAUUCCUGUAAAUACCAUCUGAUUUUAUUUUAAGUUAUAUCUGUCAUUUUCUUAUCCGCCGAAAAGUAAAGGGACGGGUAAUCGACAAGCAUAAAAUUUAUGGAACACACGUCAAUUUUAAGCACAAAUCUAAAACAACCGUCUAAAAAAUUUACACUGUCCAAUAACCCGACAGAAUUAAGUUGACAGCACACGUCAAACGGUUUGCAUACCAGCGAGAUACCUUUUUGAUUCGUCCGGGUUAUUCAUUAAUUUACUCAUUCUUCCUUAAAUUAAGAGCUGUCAAUCAUCCAUCCCUUUCCUUUUCGGCGGAUAAGAAAAUGACAGGUAUAACUUAAAGUAAAAUUAGGAGGUGUCUGCAGGAAUUGGGGCCAUUGUAACACUACGCUGUUUGAAAUGGUAUAGGAUUUAAGAACGAUUAUGAAAGUCAUAUUUUAAGUUCAUACCUAAAGUUACUAUAAAGGUCGGUGCUCACUACACCGUAUCAUACUAGGACGGUGCUAGAACCGUGUCAGGCACGGACCGGCGCGUGCGCGAGGCUACUAUGCCCACUGCAAAGGAGCUACACCGUUCUAUCCCCGUAUAACGGCCUCCGUGGUCCAGUGGUUGAGCGUUGGGCUCACGAUCCGGAGGUCCCGGGUUCGAAUCCCUGACAUAUCACAUAAAUCACUUUGUGAUCCUUACUUUAAUUAGGACAUUACAGGCUGAUCACCUGAUUGUCCAAAAAGUAAGAUCCGUGCUUCGGAAGGCACGUUAAGCCGUUGAUCCCGGUUACUACUUACUGAUGUAAGUAAGUAGUCGUUACAUGAGCCAUGAUCUUUGGCGGCUCAAUAAUAACCCUGACACCAGGGUUGAUGAGGUUAAUUCUCCUUACAACCCACACGAUAGAAGAAGAUUCCCGUCUGUAUCGGGAAUUCUGUCGAUGACGGAAUGGUAUAGUUGGCGUUGCACCAUACUAAUUAGAAUAGAAUAGAAAUAGUUUAUUAUAAAAGGGCGCCACACACAAAAAAAAAGACAACAUCAUCAUAUCAAAUUUCCACUAAAACAAUUACAAAAAAGCAAGACAGAUGUUUGUCGAAAUGAUCAUAAGGUGGUGGUGGACGUCUUGAGAUAAAAGGGCCUCACUCAGCACAAGUCGCGGCGUGUACCACGACGCUGAUAUUAUGUGGACCCUGUUGGGUGACGCACGAACAUCGUGUUCCAUUAACACGUGUUAAUGGUGUACAUAAUUCAUACAAAGAAUUAUGUACACCAUUGUUUUGCCUGUGCCAGGACGGAUACGGUUCUACUAUGAUACGGUGUAGUGGGCACGGACCUUUACUCCUUAUUUUAAAUUGUCUUCGUAAAACAGCAGCAUUAUAAUAUUACGUAAUUACUUAUAUGAAAAUAAUCCUAUAUAGAUAUUAAAUAAUUUAGAAAAGGAGCUUAAAAUUGUAAAAAAUAUCGUAAUAUUUAAUUAUAAAGAUAGAAUAUUUUGACCAUGUGAUCUAAAUACUGGCUUCCUUAUACUACACUUAGGAUAAUUUGAUACUUGUAUUUAAUUAUAAAUAAUGUGUUGUAAAUCGUAUUUAAAUAUUGUAUUUUAAUUUAAAAAUAUAUUAAACGAUUUAAAUUUUAACCAGAAUAACUGCCAUUUGUCAUUUUCGUUUGGAAAAAAAUGCAUUUUUGAUUGUUUUGUAAGGAAUUUUUUUUCUCCACUUUGCAUUUUUUGACUUGUAUAAAAAGAUUUUAAAAUAAUAUCAAACCCACACUUUUUAACUGAGUAUACUUAGUAAUCAAUAUAUUUAUAAGAAAGUAAUACUUAGAUAUCGACAAAUCAAAUACAUUUUCUUUAUAAUAAUUAUUGAAAAGCUUCUUGUCAAACAGUACAAAUGACCGUUUUGAAAAGAAACAUAUAAUACUCCAAAUAUCAAGCAAUUUUAUAUAUUAUAUGCUUCUGCCAUUACAUUAUAUUUUUGAACAAUAAUGCAACCCGGGCAUUGAAAAAAUAGGUAAUUAUCACGUUAAAUCUGAACAGCGCCAUCUAUCGUUUGGGGAACCUCGAUUGGAAAGUCCCUCGUUGCAUUUCUAUUCAAAUUUUUUUACUCGAUCUUGGCAAAAAAUGGGACCACAUUUUUUACCUGGAUUAAUAAUAAUAACUUUAUUGCAAAAACACAUUACAAUGAUAUUUUUGUUAAAAUUUAUAGAAUAUUAUGGAUGAUUAUCAAAAUACACACAUAUGUAUGUAUGUGUAUCAAAAUGUGCCAAGUUUGGUGGCGAACUGUCAUUUUUCGUGAAAAUUGGUUCCGACAUGAAAAACGAUCCUUUUUCAUGUAGGAACCGAGGAUCCUUUUGGAUCUUUUUCAUGUCGGAACCCAAUUAUUCACAAAAAAAUACUAUGAAAUUUCGCCACCAAUCUUGAAAUUUUGAUAUUCACCUUUAUGCGCAAUUUUACAAUUUACUUAAGUAAAAAAGCGGCAGUUCAACAGGGGUCCCCAAACUAGGCUGUGCCUGUAUCUUUGAAACUAACUUGUCAGUUGCGAGGUUUUGUUGCGAUUUUUCAGAUAGGCGCUUUCGUGGUUUUCAUAUGGCGAAAGUUUGCAGCUGCAUUAAAAUGCGAAACUAGGUACAUAAAGACAGCCAUUUUGUCACUUAUUUAUUAAUUCUAGUUUUAAAUACAAUUAAUUUAUUACAAGCGUGUCUCUUUAUGUAAAAAUAGUGUUAACUAAGAUACUCGCAUGUUUAAUUCGUAGCAUUUUUAAACAGAAGUGUGUUGUUAAAUUAA